AUGGACCCCCAGAUGGCCGGCAAUAACACAGCUCCCAGCCAGGUGAAUGCACCGCUUCCUUCAAGCAUGACAGCAGACAGUAGUAUAAUCAAGUCGGAGCCGGUGGAAGACCUGCAGAUGGCAGACUCCAGUAACUCAGUAAACUGGAAUGAUGAACGGCAACUAGUGAAUGCGCUAUGUACCCUACAGCAGAUGCACAGCAGAAUUAAUCAACUGCGCGACCUUCUUCCGGGGCGUCUACUCGGCCCUCUGAAGCCCGUGAUCAACCAGCCUCCAGGGUGUGAAAAGUAUCAAAAGUCCCCCCAGGAACUAUGCCAGGAACUAUCGCAAUCAGUUCCAAACUGCAUAUCUGAGAUUGAGGGCUUCAAGGCUUCCUGGAACUCAGCUGAGAUGACAGAGAUAUUGAGUCGGGUGGAUGUAAAGCUCAAAGAUCGGAACGGCCAGUACCCCUACAUGAACACCAUGUGGGAGUGUGAUUAUGAAGAAGUUCUUGCAUCUCUUGACCGAGAAGAAAAGGAGAUGGAGGAGAUGAAAUCCAGGCAGCAAGAUGCCCUUGAAAGGAAGAAGCUGGAAUCCACGGCCGGGGUCUGGAAAGAAAUAAUCGAAUCGUUCAAAGCCAAAAAUAUCCCCGGUAUCAGUCUGCAAACCGUAGCAUCUGGUGACGACAAGAUGUUUUCCAUGGAUAUACAGAGCAUAUCAAUUACUUUCCACGUUCAUAUGUCUCAUGGUGUCCCCGGAGACGAUUCCGGAAUGUGGCAUGUCAGGACUGGCCACCAGCAGAGUCAGUCAAAGCUGGCAUCCGACAUCCUGGGUUGCAUUCAGUCACGGCAGCGGCAGUGGGACCUUCAAUAUCUUCUGGACAUGCUUUCUUCAUACACCGACAUAAAAAGAUCCCCCUGUGUUUCAUGCAAAAAAAUGAUCAGCUCCAGCGCCCAGCUUCCUAUCGUCAGAAAACCAAAGACAGUAACCACGCCCAACGGCGACUCCAAGGCGGCCUGGGAGCCGUUCCAUCCCCAAUGCGUCUGA